UGUCCUUGAUCCGAAUUCUGAAUUUAUUCAAUUCGCAUUUUUUUAUUUUUCUAAUCCGUAAAGUUCAAUUUAAAGUAAAUAUUAUUGCAUGAAUGAGGACUUAAUACAACCCUCGUUGCAUAUUUGUAAGGUCACAGUGAACUGUUCAAAGUAAACCAUGUCUUUGUUUCGUAAACCUAAAAAGAUUCAACGGCGUAUGUUUUGUGGUGACGACGACGAAGAAGAUGGAGGAGACCCCGAGCCGCCUCCACCGCCAGUCAUAAGCCACAAUAGGAAAGAAAAUAAGCAAGUUAAAAGCACCACGCUUUUAAGCUUCGCUGAUGAAGAAGAAGAAACAGAGGUGUUCCAGGUCAAGAAAUCUUCACAGAGCAAGAAGUUAAGCAAACGCAGGGACAAGGAGAAACGCAGGGUACCAGAUGGUGAUAAUAAUAAAUAUGACAAUCAUAAUGAUGACAUUGCUCUUGAUCAACAAGCCGAGGAUAAAGAUACAGAAAAUGAAAAACCGAAACCAAAGAAGAAAGUCAACCUGGAGGGGAUGAUAUUGUCCGGUCGUGAGGCGCUGGCAGCGGGCGCGGGGGACUUGUCGGACAGCGGGGGGGAAGGGGGGGAUAGAGAGGAAGAUGAUAAUAGGGGGUUCCACCGGUACCGCGCGGAGUCCGUGCGCGCGGCGUUGGCCGUAGCUCACUCCGGGCUCAUUCCCGACGCCGCGCUCAUCCACGCGGCGCGCAAGACGCGACAGCAGGCUCGCGAGCUUGGCGACUUCGUGCCGAUAAACAACGAGAACGCCGCGGGCUCGCGGAUGAUGCGCGACGACGACAUCGACGACGACGACGACGACGAAGACGGUAGGAUAGAGGUGCGGGGCCUGGAGCUGCCGAGCGAUAAGCCUAAGCGUGGUAGUGCGGCCGCGGUGCUGGCUGACGUGGAAAUAAACAGCGAAACUGAGGAAUGGGAAGAGCAGCAGAUGCAGAAGGCCAUGUUAUCUAUUCCAGAUAUUACAGGGAACGGGGUGGAGUUGAAUCCGUUCGCAGUGGCGCCCCCGCCCCCGGAGCUGGGUGACACCCCCAAACACCUGCGGCCCCUGCACGCGCCCGGACAACCGCCGCCCGCCACUGCCGAAGAGCUAGUGAACGCUUUGCAGCAGAGGUUAAUAGAGCUACAGACGGAGCGCCAAGACACUAUGAACGAACGCGAGGCUCUCAAGGAGCGGUUGUUGAACGCGACGCGGAUAAGGGAUUCGCGAAAAGCACGUUGCGCGGAGCUGGACGCGGCGUACCGGCGCGCGCAGGCCGCCCGAGGGUACAUCACCGACCUUGUCGAGUGCUUGGAUGAAAAGAUGCCGCAACUGGAGGCGUUGGAAGCGCGAGCUCUGGCGCUACAUAGACGUCGCUGUGAGUUCCUCGUGGAAAGGCGACGCGCCGACGUACGCGAUCAAGCCCAGGAUGUGCUUGCUAUGGCAGCCCGUGCCGGUGCUGCUAAACCAGUUGACUCAGAAGAGAAGAGACAACGCGCCGCAGAAAGAGAAGGAAGGAGACGGGCGAGGAGAUUGAAGCGCGAGGCGGCCGGAACCGCGUCCGCACAUCGCGACGGUGACUCCAGUGAUGAUGAACUGCCCCCCGCGCAGUUGCACCACGCACUACAGGAGACAGAAGCGAUCCGUGCGUUAUCCGGCCGGUUGUUUUCCGAUGCGUUGGCCGCGUGGCGAGACGUGCGCGGAGUUUGCGCCCGUAUGGCCCGCCUGCGUCGCCGCCAGCCAACGCUGUACAACGACGCGUACGUGGCUGAAUGUCUGCCCAAGCUGAUAGCGCCUUACGUGCGACACCAGUUAAUAUUAUGGAAUCCGCUGGCGGAUGAACACAACGAGGACUAUGAGAAGAUGGACUGGUACAAAUGCCUGAUGAUGUACGGCGUCAGGUCGGAGAAGAUAGACAGCGAUUCUGACGAGUCCUCAUCGUCGGAAUCGAUGGACGCCGGUGAGGCCCGAGGGACGCUGACGGAGGACUCGGUGCGGGAAGACCUCGACCUCAUGCUGGUGCCUACGAUUAUUGAUAAGGUUGUGUUGCCGAAAGUAACUGAAAUUGUUGAGAAUGCGUGGGAUCCGAUCAGCGUGCGCGCCUGCGUACGACUGCGUCGGUUGCUAGUGCGCGCGUGCGAACUGCCCGAGAGCACGGCACUCCCUCGGCUCGCGACCGCUUCCCGAGCCAGGCUCGCGCAAGCUCUGAACGCGGAUGUGUUCCUACCUGCCUUACCGCCCCAGUUACUGGAGGGACCGGGUGGUGCGUUCUGGCGCCGCUGUUUGGGGAGUGGAGUACGGCUGUUGCGGGCCGCGCUCGCAUUGUCGGCGCCGCCGCCCGCACUGCACGCUAACUCGCUCGUACUCUCGCUGAUCGAGACGCUUUGUUGCGCUGCGGGCGCCGCCCCCGGGCCGCAGAUCGCGGGCGCUGCGUCCGCGCUCGCGGACACGUUGCCGCGUACGGGCGAGUUGCGGGCGCGUGCGCUCCGCCGACUGGCGGCACUGGCGCAGCUCGCACUCACCAGGCUACACUCUGACAACCCGCUCCACUUGAAAGGCCUGGAGCAGGCGAGGAACGUGUUAGCUGAGGCGAAGGCGGUUGAAUGACAACACGUAGACGCAGCUGUCAGUUUUACUGUUAUUACGUUUUAAGUUGUCAUAAAAAAUUAAACAUAGAAAAUUCAAUCACUCACUCCAAUAAGUCGGUCGUUGUGUCCGAAUUAGGAAUACGCCGCGUACGCACCGCGUAUACAUCGGGUAUACACCGCGUCACGUGAACAACUAUUGAGAUACUAACGAGAACGUUUUGAACAACUAUUUAGAUAACCAUAAGUCUAAGUUAAAAAAAAACAGUCUGAAAAGGCGCAUUAAUUGACUAGACGCAUUUAAAAGUAAAAAUACAUAAAUACUGUGGUCGUAAUAGGAGGAAGAAUCAAUCGUUAAACCAUUAAGUUCUGCUCCGCUUGCGUGUAUUUUGGGAAGUUGUAUAUAUACUGCUUUAAACCGGUGGAGUUAACCGAAGUUUUAAACAAAACGUUAAAAACAAUCGUGCCAAUGAUCAAAUUCGCGUUAAACGUUCACUGCGCUAUAACCGAUAACAACUCGCAUCAUCUCCACAGUAAAUCCAUCCACGAUUCAUACAUUUUUGUGAAAAAAAUUUGAAAUGUUCAGUUAAUGUAAGAAAAGUAAAAAAUUUAUAAAAAAUUAUUGGUCAAACAAACGAAACCGAUGCCAUAACCAAAAUGGUCUGUAACCAGGGUUAAAGAUUGAAAUCCACUAUUCAAAAGCGCUAACGCUUUUACUCGAAGAGCAACGCCCUUGAAUCUAAGAAAUAACGAAUGUAUACUUUACUCAUAGGUCCAAUAAACAUAUAACACAUAUCUGUAUGAAGUUAUUGCCAAUAGAAUAUUUAAGUGUGAUAUUGAACGUAAAUAGGCCGUAAGUUACGUAAAUAAUUAUAAAACAAUCGACUUCGUCUAUGAUGGAAUUACAUUAAAAAUGAAGUUUCGCGUGAUUGAGUGCAUAUUUUCCUCCUCAAACAUAAAAGUGCCUUAAUAUCCUGUAUUUAUGUACUCUUACAAGAACGUGAAAGCUCUUAACGGCAAUAAAUUGGAUCGCAUAGUUAGAAUUUAGUUAAAUUAGCGUUUAUCAAUGUUAUAAUAUUUAAUAAUAUUUAACAGUAAAUAAAUUCUUCUAAUGGAGAUCAGACAUACUAGUAAAAUGCGUAAAUACUACGCUAAAGUUGGUGUACUUGAAUUAUAUCCGUUUUUUAGCUGUAUACUUUAAAAACACAACACAGUUUUACAGUUUAUUUGCAAACAUUGACGUCCUUAAUUGAAAGAUCAAAAAUAAAACUAAAAUAUAGUUCGAAAAUAAAACUUAUCACAGCGGAUCUAAUCGUUGUUCUAAGAGUACAAAUAUAUAGCUGAAUAGCCUUUGAACACUAUAUCGGUUUUACUAAAAUGAGAGCUUUAUAUAAAGUCCAGUCAUCGUAUGCUACUGGCACAAAAAACCUUCGAAAACUAUAACGAAUAUACAGAAAUGAGAGUUUUAUGUCAUAACAUCCACUCAACGCUUGCUAUUGGCAUAAAAUGUGGUAAAGUGCGCUGAUGUGUGUGUCGAUAUGGUGAGCAAAGGUCAAAAUAAAGCUACGCUUGACCAAUGAUCUGUCAAAAGCCUUGACAAUGUUGAAUGUUCGGUCCAACACCAAAAUUAGGCCAUACUGGUCUUGUCUGAGAUUGGCGCGUUCAAACAUAUACAGGAAUAAAUUCAGCGUUAUAAUGUAUGUAAGUAUAGAUUCUGCCUAGCAAAGUACUUGGUCAUAAUUUAAAUAAUAUUAAUGCCGGAAACUGUUAGGAAGUUUGACUUAUCAAAUUGCUGUUUUUCUGCGGACCAUAAUAUUUGUAUGCCAAUGCGAAUGUGAGUGUGAAUUCGAAGUUUUUUUUAUGAUCAUCACGAUGCAUUCUAAAAGAGACCGCGCUUGCUUUAAAUUUCAUAAAAACCGGUUAUAAUACGCAGUUAACUGAAAGGUGUCACUGUCCACAAUGAUACCAAGCUGUAUACGGUGCGUUGAAUGACACGGUGAUUAGAUUAGAAAAAUGAUGCAUACUUUUAUCUCCCGUUAAAUUUUUUGAUGAUGGUUCGAUCCCCGGCAGAGGGGCAAAUUGGGAAUUUAAAAUUUCUGAAUUUUUGCUGGCCUGGUAUGGUGCGAGACUUCGGCCGUGGCUAGGUAUGGAAAAAUCAUCCGAUCAGUUGUAUGGAUUUAAUUUAACUGCCAUGCAUUUAAUAUAACAGGUUAGCCGUUAGCCCGUUACCAUCUUAGUCUGCAUAAAAUUUAAAAAAAAUGCUCGUUUUCCAUGGCAUAGACUAAAGGUUAACUAAAGGUUAGUGCCUUUCAUACUAAAAUAGUGGUAUAGGUUUUGAAUUUUCGUAUUAAGGUUAGACUUUGACUUGUAUUAUUUCAGUAUCAGAACUUUCCCUACCUAAAACCUACUAAUAUCAUAAAUGCGAAUUUGGUUUGACCUUUUACGCAGCAACGGAAUGAUGUUUUUGCAUAGAUAUGAUUAAAAGAGCCGGAGAGUUGAGCAAAGACAUUUUGUUAUUCCGGGAUGAAAAACGCUGAAUGUUUCUCAAGAAAAACCUCAGUAUAAAAAUAAGUAAAUUAGAAAAAUGCUAGAGUACUUUAAAAAAUAAAGUGUUCAUUUACGUUUGAUACCUAAAAAAAAAUAUCUGGACGUACCGUUUGUCUGUUAGCACUCAGAGUCAUUCAUAUUGCUACUUCUACUAAAUCAAAAUGUUUUCUAGAAACUGUUAGAGACGAAGCACGCUAAAGCUUAGUCAAAGUAUAUAAAGUAAAAAAUCUUGCAUGGCAUAUUGACCCCUAUCUCUAUAAUGCAAUGCACUAAUUUCUAUCAAAUGCAUUUUUCUGGUUGAGGCUUCGGUUCUGCGCUAGCGUGCCCCGACCCUAAAACAAUACUUACAGAUCCAUAAUUACAAAGUUAUCAAAUAAAUGAUGUGGAAAUUUAA